AUGUCUCCGACGACAUCUUUUAGCUUCUCCCUUUACGCUUCCUCUAAUCAUGCUCAGAUUUCUCAACCAAUCGAGAUCCGAACCUUGCUAAAUUCCGGCAACAGAUUCUACGGUUCGAGCUCUUCCUCCCUUACUUCUUCUUCGAUCGCCCCGGAAAAUCUAGUUUUCUCAUCAAGGAAGAAGCAUCUCCCCGUAAAGGUCCAAGCGUUAGCUGCUGAAACUGAACAGCCAAAAUGGUGGGAGAAGAAAGCAGGUCCAAACAUGAUUGACAUUCACUCAACCGAACAAUUUCUCAACGCUUUAAAAGAUGCAGGAGAUAGAUUAGUUAUUGUAGAUUUUUAUGGAACUUGGUGUGGUUCUUGCCGAGCAAUGUUUCCAAAGCUCUGCAAAACUGCACAAGAGCACCCUGAAAUUUUGUUCCUUAAAGUAAACUUUGACGAGAACAAGUCUCUCUGCAAAAGCUUGAACGUCAAGGUGUUACCAUACUUCCACUUCUAUCGUGGCGCCGAGGGCCAAGUCGAAUCCUUCUCAUGCUCCCUUGCUAAGUUCCAGAAACUUAGAGAGGCUAUAGAGAGAUAUAAUGUAGGUAGUAGCAGUGACUAUCCUUCUUUAGCUUCUGAGAAAGUUGAAGAUUCAAGCGUAUAA